CGUCGCGCCGUGCAGCCGCCGCCAGUGCAAGGGGAGAGGCACAGCCAUUGUCAGCAACCAAGGAGGAUCCAUGGCCAAAAUCUGCCGUCCAGAUAUAGCAGCAGUGAGCUUGACAGACAUUGCGGUCAACUUGACAGAUGGUAUGUUCAAAGGGAUAUAUAAUGGAAAGCAGGUUCAUCCUCCCGACAUCCCGGCAGUGCUGGGUAGAGCAUGGGAUGCGGGUGUGAAGAAAAUCAUUGAGUUUGACGAAAGUGGCGACCCAGAUAGACAUAUGCAGCAGCUGACUGAACUAGCGAAGGAGGGCGCUGCACGAGGCAAGGUAGUGGCAGUCGGCGAAUGUGGGCUAGAUUAUGAUCGGCUUCAGUUCUGUCCCAAAGAGACACAGAGAAGGUACUUUGAAAAGCAGUUCGAUUUGGCAGAACAGCUGAAGCUGCCUAUGUUCUUGCACAUGAGAGCUGCGGCGGACGACUUCGUUGAUAUCGUUCAACGGAACAAGCACAGGUUCAUUGCUGGAGUCUCCCAUUCAUUCACUGGCAGCACAGAUGAUUUGCAGAAGCUUCUUUCCAUCAACAACCUUUAUGUUGGCAUCAAUGGGUGCUCGUUGAAGACGGAAGAGAACUUAGAUGUGAUGGCAGCUGUGCCUCUGGAGCGCAUGAUGAUAGAGACGGAUUCUCCUUAUUGUGAAAUCAGACCUACACACGCAGGGUAUCGGUACAUUUCAACUACUUGGCCAUCGAAGAAGAAGGAGAAGCACGACAUCGGUUGCAUAGUGAAGAACCGAAAUGAGCCUUGCCAAGUCAGACAAGUCCUGGAAGUCGUUGCCGGACACCGCCAGCUAAAGGAUCUGAGUGCGUUGUCAGCGAUUCUCGAUCGAACGACAACCAAGGUAUUCUUCCCGAAAGAUGUCAGUGUCGUCAAGGAUGAAGUUGCGUCAGGCGAUCAGCAGGGAGAUUGAAGCAGCAGGAUUGGUGAUGUGAGCGAAACUGGUCAGCGCACCGAAGCCAAUGUUUCAUCUACUGCACCCUUCAUCUCUUCCGUCUCCCACUUCUGUUGCAUUCUUUGCUUCUAUUUCAGUCUUUGGGACAUUUCCCUGCUUUGAGAUUUAUUCCAUCUGUCGUCUUCCCUCCUCCCGCCAUACAUGCUCAUCCACAUAAACAUGCACAUAAACAUGCACAUGCACGCAGGUGCAUGGCAAGUUUCGUCCGGUUUAAUUUGGUUUAAGGCUUUAAGCAUAUCCACAUACACACUCACACGGCUGCACAACAAGUCUAGUCCAGUUGCAUGUUCCUUUAAGCAUGUAUCCGUCAACAGAUCGCUUCACACACAUGUUUGUGUACAUCAGGUGUUCCGUGCUGACAGCUCACUACCGUCUUCCCCGGAAUGAACCACAGGGUUGAUUCCUCUGUAUCUGGACUGAAAAUUUCCCCAAAUACCGCAGGGUCGAUUCCGCUGUAUCAAGGACCGUGUGAUUUAUUCAGGGGUGGAUGGUAGUUAGAAAGACUUAAUCUGAGCUCGAUGGCUCCUUCAUCAGGAGGAGAAGUUUGUGUAUGCAUCCUUUGACUUGGAGGAAGACUGUGAAAACAUUGGCAUCUGCAGUCUCGACUGCUUCGUCGAUCCACUAGCUUGUGAACGUAUGUGUGCUGGCUCACUCAGAAGACCUGUAUAUCUGAGCCUCAUUUCACCGUGGUGGAUUUACACCGCACGAAGGUGGAUAGUUGGAAACCAGGGGGUUGCUUAAAUGUGUUAAAGGCUUGGAUCCCUGCAUAUCUGAGCCUCAUUUUGCCGCGGCGGAUUCGUACCAGAUGAAGCUUUGUCGAACGUGUCAGUGGCACACUUCUCUUUUUCGAAUGCCGCCGCCAGCCGCUCUGGUCUAGUAGCCCUGAGCUCCCGAAGUUUUCGGAUUCGAUCGAUUUUGCCUGGGUGAUUUACUGAUGGUUUCGUGCUCGUCAGCCGAUGCUGCAACCCUUGGUUAUAUUUGGCUUAGGCUUUCUCAGACUCUGUCCAACAUGGAGGGGGGAACACGUAAAAGAGUUUUCACUUGGGUGUUCCUAGCUGUCUGGUGGUAUUAUGUGGGCUUGAGGGAAUUUGAGGGGCUUGGUAAGAAGUCUAUCGAUUGCGCGGGACAGUGAAAAGUUCGCCGUGUUUAGCAGGCAAGAGUGUCUCAUCAACGCGAAGUUGAGCGACCAGAACAGAAAGUCAUUCUACGUUAUUGCAUGAGGAGUUUACUCCGCUGUUAUCUUCUUUUUGGAGUCCCUUUCCGAGAAACAUAUCGAUGGGUUUCGCAGUGGAAUGUGACAUCAAGAUUUCAGCAGAGAGCAGUGGCAGAUUGUCUUGUUGCAGAGUUAAUGAGUUGUGUACCUGUUCUUUCUUUGAGUACACUCUUGAGCACUCUGCAGGGAACUUGACUAGACAUUUAUGCCCCACGAGC